AUGUGUGCCUUCGCACUUUCCAAUUGUGAAGCUUUUACUGUUUUACCGUUAGAAUCUGCACUUUUAAGCUCAGAAAAUGGAAUUUGGCAACCAUCAGGUGGUAUCAUGUUGAAAGAAGGUGUUGCUUGUGCGCGUGCAAACCAAGGGGAUUGUGAGAACUGUGUGAAUGAAACCGUAGCUGUUUGUACAUUUGAUUAUGGCAAACAUUUUUCAAUUCAUCAAACAAAGUUUCCUUUUUGUGGUAAUAGAGGUGUUGUUGUUGAUGGUAAACUUCUUUGUCCAUUAAAUAAUGUUUCUGUCAAUGCGAGUGCUACUAACUUUACUGUUGUCUCUUACGAAGGACAAUCUUCUCUUGUUGAAACUGUGGAAGAAGGUACCAUGUUGUCGUUUGUUUAUUGGCCUGGAGAAGAGAUGGUUAAAAUUGAAUUUAAAGGGAAUUCUAUUCAUUUUCCAGAGGAUAAUACAUAUUUUAUGAAUGCUGUUGUCACUCACGCAGACUCCUCAACGAACCAUAUUCUAUUUGCCUCAACAGAUGGUUAUACUUGGAAGGCGUCAAGCGAAGUGCCACUUGAGGUUAAUGAGAAAUCUGCUAUUAUAAGGGAAGCACGUCAAAAAAUUAAAAUAUCAAACUUUACUUCAAGUGAACAUCAUUUUGUUUCUUCAGGUCACAAGGGGAGAUGGUGGGAUUCUAUUAAGUCUCUUAACGUUUCUGUACCACCUGCAUCUGUCGUCUUUAGUAGUGGUGUCGUUAUUGAAAGUGGUAUGACGAAUAUAUCUGUCCCGUUGAAAUUAACUGCAACUGUUAAUGGUAAUUCAAAGAAAAAGGUAUUGAAUUUAAUAGACUUGUACAAGAAUGUAACAGGUUCUAGUCAAAUUCCUGAAAAUUUUGCCAAUGACUGUAAAGACGGUAAGUCUUGUUUGACAUCUUCUUAUGUAUCCCUUAUGAAGGUCAAUGAUAGUCAUAUUGUUGCUAUGUUUGAUUUUAUUCCUUUAAAUUCACAGCGACACAGUCUUGCUAUCAUUUCCCUAGAAAUUGAUGAUUCAGAAGAAAAGAAUAAAAUUCUUGAGGAGAAGAGAAAAGCAGAAGAGAAUGCCAGAAUAAGGGAAGAAGCAUGGAAGAAAGCACAAGAAGAGAAUGCGGAACGUAAGAGAAAUGAGCGUCGUGAGAAGAGAAGAAAAGAACGAGAAAGGAGGGAACGUUUCGUUGUUGCAGAUGCUGAGAAUAUUGCAUUGGCUACAUCAAGAUUUGUUGAAGAUGGUGAGAUGAUAGUUGUUCGGGACGUUUUUGAAGAUAUGAUUGAUAUUGAAAAGAGUACCUUUUUCUGGUAA